CAAACGACGAGCUGGAGAGCUGGCGACCGAACGCGACCAGAGCGCGAUUUAACCAAGCCGAGGAAGGGACACGCACGUCCCACCUUGCCGGCAGAUGACCGACCAUGUCGACUGGCCACGCGCCGCCUUGGCGGCGUUGCUGCUUUGCGCUUCGUGCAGUGUGAUGGUCUGUGCCUGGUACCUUCACCUCCGAGCGCACAGCUGGGGCAUGCCGAAGGCCAUCCUCAUCUCGUGGGCGAUUGCGGCCUUCGAGUACUGCCUCCAGGUGCCAGGCAACCGGAUCGGCGCGAGCGCCGGCCUCAGUGCUGCGCAGUUGCGCGGCCUGGCCGAGCUCGCCGUCCUCGUCUCCUUUCUCGUUUUCCAGAUCAAGGUGCUCCAACAGCCACUGCUCUGGAACCACGUCGUGGGCUUUGUUGUCGUCCUGCUUGGCGUGCUAAUCGUCCUGGGCGGGCCGUUCACCUCGGAGGUGGGCGCCGCUGAAGGUGUGGCGCUGCCCGUGCGGGUGAGCGCCAAGGACCUGCAGCGCACCAGCAAGGGCCUCCCUCCCGUGCGCUGGGAGCUCCCCUCGGUCUCGCCGCCGCCGCCGCCCUCGGCCUCGGGUACCGGAGGUGCCGUCGCCGCUGGGAGUCACUGAGCCGCCGUCAGCGGAGCCCGCCGCACGGCUGGCGUGGACGGCCGACGCCUAGCGCCGGCCGCGCGAGGCAGCGCUGACAGAGCUCGCCGCCUUGCCCGAAUGCGAGCUCGCCACGCUCCUCCUCGAGCUCGCCACUGGGUCUGGUGGGUCUUCCCGAUGCGGGCGCAUCGCGUCGGUGACGCCAACAGCGCACGCCAACGCGCCGAGGGACGACGGCAUGUGGGUUGCGGGGCCAGUCGACGCCUUCAAGCUCCGCUGCAGCGCGACUCUCUUUGGCGCGCUGGCGCAGUGUGCAGGCGGCGCGCCGCUUCUCGAGGCGGCGCGGGGCGUGUUUGCCUUCUCACGCCCGAGUCAUCUACACGGCGGCAGGGCGCGGCGAGUGAUGGGGCGUCUUCGUCGUCGCGGGCCGGCGAGGAAUGUGCUGCGUGGCUGCGACAAGCCGACGCUGCAGCUGCCGCUGUCGGCGAGCGGCUCGCUGGCGGAGACCAUGGCGCUUCGACGUGGGUGUCGCCCGGGGCUGGCCCAGUCCGCGAGCCUGGCUCUGCCUCUCGUUCGGCGCUGUUGGCAAUCGUCUCGAGGCAGCUGGCUGGGAAGGUUUUUUUCUAAAAAGAAAUCUGUCCGC